UUCAUCAUACGCGUUUGGGUCUCUCGUUUGUCCGCUCCCGGCCUCCGUAGCUCAGACUCAUCUAUUUCCUCAAAGAAACACAAUGUGUGGUAUUUGGGCCUUGUUUGGCAGUGAUGGGUGCCUGUCGGCUCAGUGCACCUGUGCCAUGAAGAUUGCACAUAGGGGUCCGGAUGCUUUCCGUUUCGAAAACGUCAACAAUUUUACCAACUGCUGUUUCGGCUUCCACCGUCUGGCCAUCGUGGAUCAGCUGUACGGGAUGCAGCCGCUACGCAUUAAGCGUUUCCCUUACCUCUGGCUUUGUUACAACGGGGAAAUCUACAACCACCACAGGCUGAGAAAGCACUUUGAGUUUGAGCACCAGACCAAAAUGGACGGAGAGAUAAUCCUCCACCUUUACGACCGGUUCGGCAUCGAGAAGAUGGCGUCACUACUGGACGGCGUGUUCGCCUUUGUGCUGCUGGACACUGCCAACAGGAAGGUUUUACUGGGGAGAGACACGUAUGGUGUCCGGCCUUUAUUCAGGAUGCUGACUGAAGAUGGCUUCCUCGCCGUGUGCUCAGAGGCCAAAGGCUUGACCCAGAUUACUCACUCCAUGUCCAACCCUGUGAAGAUCACCCCGUUCCUACCAGGUCACUUCGAGGUGUUUGACCUGAAGCAGAAUGGAAAGGUAGAGUCCAUUCAGCUGGAUCGGUUUCACCGCUGCACAGAAGAGCCCAAACAUGCUGCGUAUGACAACGCCGAGAACCUCGGCACAGGUUUUGCUCUAGAAACGGUAAAGAACAACAUCAGAAUCCUGUUUGAAAACGCUGUGAGGAAGCGCCUCAUGGCCCACAGGAGGAUCGGCUGUCUCCUCUCUGGUGGACUUGACUCCAGCCUCGUCGCUGCUACGCUUGUCAAACUAGCCAAGCAGCAGCAGCUGCAGUAUCCCAUUCAGACGUUUUCUAUCGGUGCAGAAGACAGUCCGGACGUCAUUGCUGCACGCAAGGUUGCAACCCACAUAGGCACCGAACACCACGAGGUGAUUUUCACCCCAGAGGAGGGCAUCCGUGCUCUGGAGGAAGUCAUCGUCCACCUGGAGUGUUACGACAUCACCACAGUCCGCGCGUCAGUUGGCAUGUACCUGAUCUCUAAAUACAUCAGAGAGAAGACAGACAGCGUGGUGAUUUUCUCUGGUGAGGGAUCUGAUGAGCUGACGCAAGGCUACAUCUACUUCCACAAGGCUCCGUCUGCCAAAGCUGGAGCGGAUGAGAGCGUGCGUCUGCUGAAUGAGCUUUAUCUGUUCGACGUGCUGAGAGCAGACAGGACGACAGCCGCGCACGGUUUGGAGCUGAGAGUGCCUUUUCUGGACCACAGGUUUACUGCCUACUACCUCUCUCUGCCUGAGGACAUGAGGACACCCAAGGAUGGUGUGGAGAAACACCUUCUGAGGGAAGCGUUCAAAGGACUGGACCUGAUUCCCGAUGAGAUCCUGUGGAGACGCAAAGAGGCUUUUAGUGACGGAAUGACGUCCGUGAAGAAGUCCUGGUACUCCAGCUUGCAGGAGCACAUCGAGUCUAAGGUGAACGACACCGAGUUAGAAAAAGCGGCUCAGCUGUUCCCCUACAACCCGCCCACCACCAAAGAAGGCUUCUUCUACCGGCAGAUCUUUGAGAAGCUUUACCCAGGACGCUCCGAAUGGACGCCGCAUUACUGGAUGCCUCGAUGGAUCAAAGCUACAGAUCCCUCAGCCAGAACCCUGUCCAUUUACAAACCGGACAAAGAUCAGUAACGACUGUGGAGUCCCGCUGCACACAUACUGUAUCACAUACAUCCUGCUGCCUUUCUUUCUGUUCUGCGUGCCUUUCUAUCCAAAGCAUAAUGCAGAAAAUACACUUGAAACAUGGGUAUUAUUUAAAGAAUAGUAUACUUGGGAGCAAAUGUAAACCUUAACAUUUAUAAUUUGUAUUGUACGAAUCCAGGUUUAAAACAAUACAGCACUUAUUAACCAUUUAAUAUCUUUUUUCUUUCGGAAUUUUCUCUUUUUCCCUAAAUUUCUUUUCUCCCUCUCUAUGUUUCCAUGUCAUUUCUAUCAGCUGCGUGAUGAUGUGUCCGAACUUUAAGAAUCUUAAAGCAGUAAAUCUUAUCAAACUCC